UCGGACGGGAGUUGUAUCUUUCGCGCGAAAGAAGGAUUCGCCUUCCUUCGAGCGAAUCCACCGUUGGAUCGUGCAAUGAUCGCUUCCAGAUCUGAGCGGAUGAUGAAUGGAAUAACCCGAAAGAUAUAACCCGAACCCCAUAUCGCCUGCCGUCUCUGGGAUUCGUCGCUCGCUCCUUUAUAUCUCCGGGCAGCAUACAUGGGAACAGAACAAGGCCAGCGAGCGAGCGAGAGAGAGAGGGAGAGCAAUCUAGGGUUUUGACUUCUGAUCGUGGUUUUAGUGCAGCAAUGGUGAACUUUGAUGGAUUCUGGUCGAGGACGACUCUGAUCGGCCUUGGAUUAGGGCAGUUCGUAUCGCUUCUGAUCACUUCCACGGGUUUCACCUCCUCAGAGCUCUCUAGACGAGGGAUCGAUGCUCCGACGUCGCAGUCGUUCUUCAAUUAUGUGUUAUUGGCGAUAGUCUAUGGUGCUUACAUGAUCCACCGGAAGAAGCCGCUCCAGAUGAAAUGGUAUUACUAUCUAUUGCUAGGAUUUCUUGAUGUGGAGGCCAAUUUUCUUGUGGUGAAGGCUUAUCAGUACACUUCAUUGACAAGUGUCAUGCUUCUGGAUUGUUGGGCAAUUCCGUGUGUCAUAUUCCUUACGUGGAUGUUCUUAAAGACAAAAUACAGAUUAAGGAAGUUUGCUGGUGUAUUUAUUUGUGUUGCUGGACUUGUCCUAGUCGUAUUUUCUGAUGUGCAUGCAGCUGAUAGAGCAGGAGGAAGCAGCCCUAUAAAAGGAGAUAUGCUAGUAAUUGCUGGUUCCACACUUUAUGCAAUUAAUAAUGUUAGCGAGGAGUUUCUUGUGAAGAAUGGGGACAGAAUUGAGCUGAUGGGAAUGCUAGGUGUUUUCGGAGCAAUAGUCAGUUCUUGUCAAAUAAGCAUAUUCGAGCGAAAUGAGCUUAAAUCUAUCCACUGGACAACUAGUGCGGUGCUACCAUUUAUUGGAUUUUCAUUGGCAAUGUUUAUGUUUUACUCUACUGUCCCAAUCUUACUAAAGAUGAGUGGGUCAACAAUGCUAAACCUUUCACUGCUAACCUCGGACAUGUGGGCAGUUCUCAUCCGCAUAUUUGCUUAUCAUGAAAAGGUUGAUUGGAUGUAUUUCAUCGCUUUUGCAGCUGUUGCAGUUGGGCUUGUAGUCUAUUCAGGAUGCUCGGAAGAGGAUGAAAUGAGAGCCCAGGUUGCUGAGGCUGGUGAUGCACAGGGAACGAAGAGGGAUGAAGAGGCUGCAAUGGAUCAUUUGGAUACUACCACAUGUGGGAGCUCAAGAGCUGUAGAUGGUAAACAUUAAUACUCAUCAAGUAUCUCUGAUUUUUCUACAAUAAUCAUUGGAAGUUAAGAAGGCUGCCAAGAAAACUGAGCCUGAAGAAAGGAGAGCUUUGUGAAGGGUCCUUACCACUCUCUUGUCAGCGGGGAGCAAUGAAAAGCAGCAGCGACUGUCUUUGAUGAUGAAUCGUGAAGAAAAGAUGCCUGGCAGUUCCAAUAAAACUGUUUCAGCAGAUUUUGCAGUUGUGCAUACUUCCAUGAAAAUUAUAUGUUCCAUGAGUGCACUGUCAUCUUGUCAGCCAUUGUAGGGACAUGGUCCUCCAAAUUUUUUGAGGAAUUAUUUAUUAUUCAUAAAUUUGACAUUGGCUUCAUAGGUUUUCAAUUUAUUCCCACAUAAUUAUCAUUCACACUGUUUAAUCCAGUCAUCCAUUUAAUUAUUCAUGAAUUGUUCAUGAAA